AUGGAAAAAGUCAAAACUCAUUUUAGCAUCAAGAAUCGAACAGAAAAGAAACAUCUUGUUGUAGUGGUGGAACAGAAGCUAUGUACAUUCGACAAAUCAAACCCAAAGCGCCAUCUGGAAGUUACGCUCCUCAUGAGCCAUGAGAAGCUUCAUCUCCGCCCUGGCACGACGAAAGCUCCAGUACCCGAAAAGGCCGCAGAGUCUAUCAUCCGAAACCUGACUGUGGUUUUCGUGGAGGCGAGACGACUCCUUGUCGCCUGGGGUAUACGUCCUCCGUUUGAUGAUCCGUCGGCCGGCGGCAUUCUCAAUUGA